AUGGCGUCCGUAGCCAAUUACGCGACAUUGCAGCAAACACCCGCCUCGGCACCACGAGCCGUAGCGAACCCAGGCAAUCAUCCAACACUACACAAUGAGGGUUAUCCCAGGCUCGCCUUCUUUUUAUCGCAACACACCAGAUAUCUACAUCUGCGAAGAUUUUCCGCGCUUGCGAUCCGCCUUCUGCUCUAUCGUCAGCAUAGGUUGAUGGGGAUGGAGAAAGACCUCUUGCAUCUUGAAGAUCGCGAUGCUCAGUUCGAUCCGGACUUCUUGAAGAAUUUUGCCCGUAUCGACGCAGAAUACAACACACCUGUCAUCGUUCGAGAAAAGACCCAGGGCAGACUAUAUGAGAAGCUCCAGAAUGAAUUGAGGGAAUAUGAGGAGGCCCUUCUAAGAUUCAAUCGCCUUGCUGGUAAAGGCUACGAUGCUGCGGAGCUUCGUGACUUCCAGGUUUUCUUAGACCGGAAUGAUCUUUUGGGACUUGAUGCUGCGAUUUGGGGCUCUCAGAAUGAUCCCGAGGGCCAUGCAUCUGACAUAUAUCAGGUCGUAGAUCGAUCAAGUCCCAGUACGAUAACUUUGGAGAAGGGCAAUACAUACGCAGAUAAGUGCGCAAAGCGAGAAAAGGACAUGCGACAGGCGCAUGAAGCGCACGAGGCUGCGUCAAUCCUCUAUCACGACUCUUCGAAUAGGCCUCCAACACAACAACAACAACAGCCCACUGCAACGACUAGCCAACAUCAAACCACACCGUCGAACCAUCAGGGCGUCCAAGGCGCCUCCUCCGGCUGCCCUUAA